AGUCGGAAUUUACAUCGUGUAUAUCGGAAAUAGGUGUUGUAUUUAUGAAUAUGAAAAUAUCUAAGAACUUAUUAUAAUAAAAGUUAAGUGUUUGGAGUGUAAAUGAAUGAGAAAAGAAGUUCAAGGGCUAAUUUGUUAAGUAUUGGACGUUAUUACUUAUUAGACUCCAUCGUUUUGUUUCUGCCGCCGCCGCGCUGCCGCUCACCACCUUCUAUUUGCCGUUGCAUACCCAAAAUUGGGUGACCGCACCGGUGUCGAUAUAGGCCAAAAGGGAUUCGGGAGUAACAUAGGCUGCAAUAAACAAUAUGUGCCGAGGAGCUUGAUUUUUCCAUUUGAUUCCGCACUGGAGCUUUAGGAAGCUGAACUAGAUAAAAAUUCUUCACUCUUUCUGGUGUUGCUGCUGUGAUGGACGAGGCUUCAUUCUUUGACACAAUGUUGAGAAAUCUCCGGUCAACCUGCAAGUAUUAUACUGGCUAUCCGAAGGAUCUUGGGCCAUCAAGGGUCAUUCAUUUUACUUCUGAGCGUGAUUUUGUCCAGCUUCUUCAUCAAGGUCACCCUGUGGUUGUUGCAUUUACCAUCAAAUGUAACCUUACAAAGCAUCUUGACAAAGUUCUAGAGGAAGCUGCUGUGGAGUUUUAUCCGCAUGUGAAAGUAAUGCGUGUUGAGUGUCCGAAGUAUCCUGGUUUUUGCUUAACUCGUCAGAAGAAGGAGUACCCAUUUAUAGAAAUAUUUCAUAGCCCAGAACAAGCAAGGAAUGACGGGAAGACGGUUGAUCCAAACGUCACAAAAUACUCAGUGCAAGUUCUACCAGUAAGUUCUGAAUCUAGCCUCCAUUGCCUUCUCAGGGUGUUGGUUAAAGAUGUGGCCUGAGGAACCUUUGUUUCAUUACUUUAUCCUCAUGAUGGUGCCAUGGGUUUUAUUAGCAUUGUUUGUGGUGGGACUUGUUUUGAUUCAUUAUAUUCGGUUGACUUUCCACUCGAACGUGUUAUCUUUCGAGUUGCUACCCUUCAAAUGUCCAAUGAUGCUCCUUAGUUGACGUGAAAUUUCUUGCAUGUGGUUCAGAAUAUGUUCUCUUUAAACUUUGUUUGGCAUUACAUCUGCGUGCUUGUUUGUUCUUCUGCAAUGUAUUCUAUUACAAAUAUAUUAGAAGGGGGGAAAAAAAAGGAAAUCAUCUAGAUUUUAACUGGAAUAGUUUUGUAUGCUUCGCAGUGAGAGAUGUUGAUUUACCUACAGAUGUUCUCAAAUUGAAACUUUAAGUCAUUUGGUUUACUUUCAAACAGAAUGAUGUCCAGCAUUUUGCCUUAAGAUAUUCUUCUAAGUUAUAAAAGUGACAAAGUGGUGAACAACGUAACCUCUUUUGCAAGUUCACGAGCUGUAUCGAGCUAUUGAGUCCCAUAAAAUUCACUUCUUUAGUUGGAUCUGAAGUCUAUUCUAAUCAGAUUUUAAGAAAGAGUUUGUAAGUUUCUUACUACUUAGAAGUUUCAAAAAAAGGUAUGUGGGUUCUUACUAAGAAGUUUCAAAAAAUGUAUGUUUUGGGUUGGCUAUGGCAAUUAUAAAUAUCUUCUAAUUAGUGAAGAAUGCAGCACCCUAUGACUUAAAAAUGUCUGUUCCAGCUGUUUUGAUGGGGCUUGGAGAUGAUUGAUCAGCCACAGUUACUUGGACCAAGUCUAGGAAGGAAAAGGAUAGGGAGAACCCAAGACCUUUGUAACUAAUUACUUAUUCAAAAAGUAUGUAUACCUACAGUUGUUACUUCAAUCAUAUAUCUUUCCCAAUCCUCAUUCUGGAUACUUUUUAUAUAUGGUUUAAGAGAUGUCAAUUAUGUUCUCUCAAGCAAGAAUGCAGUGCCACCUAAAAUUUGUCUUGUCAAAGAUGCCAGAAUUAGAAACUUUGAGAGAUGAAAACACUUGAAACUGAAGGUGGUUUGUAUUCUUUUUCUUCUGAACCCAUACGAAUGAAGGUGUUUCUCUUUACUUGUCCAUUUUAGUAGCCAUUCAAACGGAGAUUUGAUAAUAUUUUGCUAUUGUUUGUCUCGUGUUUGUAAUCAUCCCUCUUGUUCGCUCUGUUUAUGUGUGUGCAUGUUAUGAUUAGACUUUUAGAGUAUCUAAUUCACCCUUCCCUGGUUUUCUCAGUUUAACUACGAUGUUAGCUCAUAUGGAUUUAGGGAAUUUUUCAAGCGUCAUGGAAUACGACAAUCUGAUACCAGGUGAAACUUUCUGAGAUUUUGCUUUUCAUUCAAUUCGUCAUAUGCACGUCAAAAGUACUUUAAUUAGAUUUAUGCCUUCAAAAUAUGUAAUCGACUUGGUUUGUUGAGUUGGAAGUUGCAAGCUUGGGCUGUAUAUAAAUGCUUGCAAAACUAUAGAUUCCCUCUCUUUCCCUUUGUAGACAUUGUUACUUUGGAAAUGGAGAAAACACGUUUUUUCAUUAAUUUAAUUGCCUUGUGCAGCCAUCCAG